UUUCCGGUAAUCCCGAACUGACUUCCGCGAUGCGUUUGUUGGGGUUGUUGCUGUCGAUAUUCUGAUGGAUUUGACGUCUUCCAUGGUGAAAUGGAUUGUGUUAACUCUUUUAACUCUAUCAAGUCUUCCUUGUUUAGAUACUUCAACUAAUGGAAACAAUGUGGGUCCCACUCCUACCGGAGCUUCGCUUCAACUACAAAUAAAUGAUACAACUUCAAACUCUGUUGGACCGUCUUCUGAAGACCAAACUACUUCUGGGGGUCAAAACGACUUCUGCCCCGAUGAUGUUGAGUGUCACAAACUAGGAUCAGAAUGCAUUGAUUGUAACCUUGACAAUAAUUGUCAUUAUGGACAUAAAGAGACAGCUCAGUGUACUGUGAAGAGUGGAAUUACUUGCACAGGAAAGAAGACCUUCAGCCUUCAGUAUGAAUGCAAGUACUGUUACCAAGUGGACCCGUCUCUUUACACAUGUAACUCUUCCUCCAGCUGUACGGUCGUAACAGCACCAAGACAGACAUUCAUCGCCAAAUGUCAAGUGAAGAGCGAGAUUAUCUGCCUGGGUAACAGACAAUUUCACAAGUCUCCCUGUAACUGGACAAGUGGAUACAAAUGGUCUACUGCUCUAUUACUCAGUGUGACACUGGGUGGAUUUGGUGUAGACCGGUUCUACCUCGGACUUUGGAGAGAAGGGAUUGGUAAACUAUUCAGUUUUGGUGGUCUCGGUGUGUGGACUCUUGUGGAUGUCAUUCUCAUUGCCAUAGGCUAUGUGGGCCCUUCAGAUGGAUCACUCUACAUAUGAACAUUAUGUCCAGCUAUAUCAGAUCAGUUAGUCAAAUUGGGUGCUCAAAAUAACUUUCCAAAAAAGAUUAAAUUUUUUUUUAAAUUUACAAAUAUUAUAGAUUGAUCGUUACCAGGUGAAAUAAUUGAAAUACAUGUACAUGUACCAAGGUUAUGAUAACAUUCCUUCAUUCUCUACAAAGCACAGUGAUACUGAAUCAUUAUAUUAAGUAAUUUAAUCAGAAUAAUAUCUCAAGACACGAGAUAAUACAAUUAUCUGUUGAUAACACAAAAAACAACUAUAUGCAAUGUCGAUAUGUAGUAAAAUGAUCCUGAAUAAUUAUUUCAGAAGAUUUGUGCAAUAGAGCAAGUUUAACAUACCUGAAACAUUUUCUAUUCAAGGUUGUUGACUUUAAGUAGCCAGGUAAUAUAUAUGUAACUGUUUUAAUUUUGGGAGAAAACUGAAGUCAACAGCAAAGUCAACAGGAAAAUCUCAUAUGGUUAGCAGGUGACUAAUUAUAGACCAACUUUUCAUCCUUUUGUGGAAUAUCCACUCUCCCACUGGCCCAUUCUAAGUUUGAUGCAGCAAAGUCAAAUGAGAUUUCAGUUAUACACCAUGUAUAUGUAUGGAAUAUACAUGUAGUGAACUGAAGAUGUGGCAUUGUGCAUUGCCAAUCCUAGAAAUAGGCCUGCCAUAAAGUCUUCUGAGGUAGCUCAGAAGGCAGAACAUCUGACUAAUGCAAACUCAUGUUAAGAGCCAUUAUGAUUGUCUUGUCAAUACACUUGCAUCAAUGACUGGAUUGCUUGUGACAGGUUUCCCUGUAUUAUGCAAGUGAGGUAGUCACCAACUACUACAAGGUGGCCAAACUUUCACUGACCCUGGCUGUUUGGGGUGAUAAACACAAACAUGCAAACAUGAGAAUUGGUGAGAGUUCCAACAGAUAAAUUGGUCGAGACUACAGUUUCGUGUAAAUCCUCAUUGAAGCUCCCAAGGCCUGUGCCAACACAUAGCUGGUUUAUCAUUGAAAAUGGUAUAUUGAAAUGUAUACAAACAAAUAAUGGUCAAAAUUCUGUGAUAAGAAUAUUUCAUUGUGUACAUGUAAGACCUGUUAUGAGAAAUUUUGUGUUUUUAAUUGAAAUCAUUCGGACUAAUAAGGUCCACACUCUGCAGAGUUAAGUGUAUGUGAGUGAGAAUUAGCUUUACUGAGUGGAGAGACAAAUGAUUAAGCAGAAUGUGAGAGCAGAAUUCUUGAUGGAAGGUGUGUUGUUUAGAUCGAGUUUGCUGCAAGUAUGUCAGCCAUUAAAGGCCCUAUUUGCUUGUGCAUAUUUUGAAAAUAUAUAAUUUUUUUUUUUAGGUCACCCGAGACGAAGUCUCAGUUGACCUACUGCAAUUGCCUUUUGUCCGUCGUCGUCCGUCAUGCUUCGUAAACAAUUUACAUUUUCAACUUCUUCUCAAUUACCAACAGGCCCAGAGACCUGAUAUUGGGUGUGUAGCAUGCUGGGAUGAAGGGCUACCAAGUUUGUAAAAUGGAUGACCUUGACCUUCAUUCAAGGUCACAGGGCCCAAAUAUGCUAAAAUAUAUACCAAAACUCAGUUGACCGUUAAGGCCCAUGGGCCUCUUGUUUUGUUUUGGUAUAUGUUUUAAAAAACUGAAGAUCAUAAUUGAUAAAUGAUAUUUUACCAUGACAUUUCAAUUAAAUGCUACACUUCACCAUUGCAUAAAACAGUUUGUUUUAGCCUAGGUAAUAAUAAUUUUGCCAAAGUAUACUUUACUACAAAUGAUAACUUUAUAGUUACCAUCUAUGAUCAAACAUUGACAGCUUUAACAUCAAAAUUAAACUCAUAUUUAAGUUUCUGUUAUGUUAACUUGAACUCGGCAACUGUUUCCGUCCUUCAAUAGUAGACAUUUCUGAUGUUGUUAACAAUUCUUCAAUCCUCUGAAAAAUGCAAAUUGUUGAUGAAAUAAUCAUGUCAGGCUGAUUUGUAAGUAUCCUUAUAAUUUAUGAGUGUGUAAAUUUGUAUAUGAAUAAAUGAAAAUGUGUGAAAAGUGUGUGAUAAAUGUCAUGAAUAUCUUAAUAAACUUGUGUUGUAAGUUAACA